AUGGAUUAUAUCAUAUCGAAAAGAUAUCGAAAAGUAUCGAAAAGAUAUCGAAAAAAUCGAUAUAUCGUAAAGUAUCGAUAUAUCGUAAAGUACCGAUAUAUCGAAAAGUACCGAAAAGAUAUCGAAAAGUAUCGAAAAGAUAUCGAAAAGUACCGAAAAGAUAUCGAAAAGUACCGAAAAGAUAUCCAAAAGUACCGAAAAGAUAUCGAAAAGUACCGAAAAGAUAUCGAAAAGUACCGAAAAGAUAUCGAAAAGUACCGAAAAAUUUUCGAAAAGUAUCGAAAAGAUAUCGAAAAGUAUCGAAAAGAUAUCGAAAAGUAUCGUAAAGAUAUCGAAAAGUAUCGAAAAGUACCGAAAAGAUAUCGAAAAGUACCGGAAAGAUAUCGAAAAGUACCGAAAAGAUAUCGAAAAGUACCGAAAAGAUAUCGAAAAGUACCGAAAAGAUAUCGAAAAGUAUCGAAAAGAUAUCGAAAAGUAUCGAAAAGAUAUCGAAAAAAUCGAUAUAUCGUAAAGUAUCGAUAUAUCGUAAAGUACCGAUAUAUCGAAAAGUACCGAAAAGAUAUCGAAAAGUAUCGAAAAGAUAUCGAAAAGUACCGAAAAGAUAUCGAAAAGUACCGAAAAGAUAUCCAAAAGUACCGAAAAGAUAUCGAAAAGUACCGAAAAGAUAUCGAAAAGUACCGAAAAGAUAUCGAAAAGUACCGAAAAAUUUUCGAAAAGUAUCGAAAAGAUAUCGAAAAGUAUCGAAAAGAUAUCGAAAAGUAUCGUAAAGAUAUCGAAAAGUAUCGAAAAGUACCGAAAAGAUAUCGAAAAGUACCGGAAAGAUAUCGAAAAGUACCGAAAAGAUAUCGAAAAGUACCGAAAAGAUAUCGAAAAGUACCGAAAAGAUAUCGAAAAGUAUCGAAAAGAUAUCGAAAAGUAUCGAAAAGAUAUCGAAAAAAUCGAUAUAUCGUAAAGUAUCGAUAUAUCGAAAAGUACCGAUAUAUCGAAAAGUACCGAAAAGAUAUCGAAAAGUAUCGAAAAGAUAUCGAAAAGUACCGAAAAGAUAUCGAAAAGUACCGAAAAGAUAUCCAAAAGUACCGAAAAGAUAUCGAAAAGUACCGAAAAGAUAUCGAAAAGUACCGAAAAGAUAUCGAAAAGUACCGAAAAAUUUUCGAAAAGUAUCGAAAAGAUAUCGAUAAGUAUCGAAAAGAUAUCGAUAAGUAUUUAUAUAUAAUGAAAAUAUCGAUAUAUAAUGAAAAGUAUCGAAAAGAUAUCGAUAAGUAUCGAAAAGAUAUCGAUAAGUAUCGAAAAGAUAUCGACAAGUAUCGAAAAGAUAUCGAUAAGUAUCGAAAUUUUAUAGAUAAGUAUCGAAAAGAUAUCGAAAAGUAUCGAAAAGAUAUCGAUAAGUAUCGAAAAGACAUCGAAAAGUAUCGAAAAGAUAUCGAAAAGAUAUCGAAAAGUAUCGAAAAGAUAUCGAAAAGUAUCGAAAAGAUAUCGAAAAGUACCGAAAAAAUAUCGAAAAGUAUCGAUAUAUCGAAAAGAAAAGUAUCGAUAUAUAAUGAAAAGUAUCGAUAUAUAAUGAAAAGUAUCGAAUAUAAUGAAAAGUAUCGAAAAGAUAUCGAAAAGUAUCGAAAAGAUAUCAAAAAGUAUCGAAAAGAUAUCGAAAAGUAUCGAAAAGAUAUCGAAAAGUAUCGAUAUAUCGAUAAGUAUCGAUAUAUCGAUAAGUAUCGACAUAUCGAUAAUAUCGAAAAGAUAUCGAAAAGUAUCGAAAAGAUAUCGAAAAGUAUCGAAAAGAUAUCGAAAAGUAUCGAAAAGUAUCGAAAAGAUAUCGAAAAGUAUCGAAAAGAUCGAAGAAAAGAUAUCGAAAAGUAUCGUUAUAUCGAUAAGUAUCGAUAUAUCGAAAAGUAUCGAUAUAUCGAUAAUAUCGAUAUAUCGAUAAGUACCGAUAUAUCGAAAAGUAUCGAAAAGAUAUCGAUAAGUACCGAAAAGAUAUCGAUAAGUACCGAAAAGAUAUCGAAAAGUAUCGAUAUAUAUCGAAAAGUAUCUAUAUAUAAGGAAAAGUAUCGAUAUAUAAGCAAAAAUAUCGAAAAGUACCGAAAAGAUAUCCAAAAGUACCGAAAAGAUAUCGAAAAGUACCGAAAAGGUAUCGAAAAGUACCGAAAAUAUAUCGAAAAGUAUCGAAAAGAUAUCGAAAAGUAUCGAAAAGAUAUCGAAAAGUAUCGAAAAGAUAUCGAAAAGUAUCGAAAAGAUAUCGAAAAGUAUCUAUAUAUAAUGAAAAUAUCGAUAUAUAAUGAAAAGUAUCGAAAAGAUAUCGAUAAGUAUCGAAAAGAUAUCGAUAAGUAUCGAAAAGGUAUCGAUAAGUAUCGAAAAGAUAUCGAAAAGUAUCGAAAAGAUAUCGAAAAGUAUCGAAAAGACAUCGAAAAGUAUCGAAAAGAUAUCGAAAAGAUAUCGAAAAGUAUCGAAAAGAUAUCGAAAAGUAUCGAAAAGAUAUCGAAAAGUAUCUAUAUAUAUCGAAAAUACCGAAAAGAUAUCGAAAAGUACCGAAAAGAUAUCGAAAAGUACCGAAAAGAUAUCGAAAAGUACCGAAAAGAUAUCAAAAAGUACCGAAAAGAUAUCGAAAAGUACCGAAAAGAUAUCGAAAAGUACCGAAAAGAUUUCGAAAAGUACCGAAAAGAUAUCGAAAAGUACCGAAAAGAUAUCGAAAAGUACCGAAAAUAUAUCGAAAAGUACCGAAAAGAUAUCGAAAAGUACCGAAAAGAUAUCGAAAAGUACCGAAAAGAUAUCGAAAAGUACCGAAAAGAUAUCGAAAAGUACCGAAAAGAUAUCGACAAGUACCGAAAAGAUAUCGAAAAGUACCGAAAAGAUAUCGAAAAGUAUCGAAAAGAUAUCGAAAAGUAUCGUUAA